AGUCUGCUUCGGUCUCCCAGACCUCUGUUCUGCUCGGAGCUUGUGAAUAGGAAGCGCGAUGAUGUGGGUCCUAUUGAAAGCCUUUCUUUCUUUCGUAAUAAAUUAGUUCUGAUGUUUUUGCCACAAACUACACCCGGGAGAGGAUGGGGCUCCUCAUCAUUUACACAGCUGUGUGUGGAUUUUUACUCAAUACAGGAGUUGCACUGCAAAUCCAAUGUUACCAGUGUGAAGAGUUUGAGAAGAAUGAGUGUUCCUCCCCGGAAAAUAUAGUGAACUGUACUGUCAAUGUCCAGGACAUGUGCCAAAAAGAGGUGGUCAUGAGAAGUGAUGGUGUACUCUAUCGCAAGUCCUGCGCCACCUCGGCAGCCUGCCUCAUCGCUUCCUCUGGAUACCAGUCUUUCUGCGCUCCUGGAAAGGUGGGCUCGGUCUGCAUUAGCUGCUGCAACACCCCCCUUUGCAACGGACCGAGGCAGAGGAGGAGGGGGAGCUCAGCUGCAGCGCCCGCAACCCGACUGCAUGUCACUGACACCCUGCUGCCCUUCUUACUUGUAGUCCUUCUGACAUAGAACUAGCUUUCUACGAUAUACCAGCAAAGUGUAGAUCUUCUAAAGCAUUAUUGAAUUGUCGUCAGUGUUACUCGCACCCCUUUUACAAUGCCUUAAACCAUUAAUCAUUAAACCUGAUCCUUAAAUAGAUUAAAUAAUUGAUCAAUGUCAGGCAGGAAACUCCAUCAUUACUGGAGGAAAAAAAAACAAAACAAAAAAAAACCUUUGCUAGGAUUUUGUUAGUAAGAACCCCAAUAGAAAUAGGGCCCAAUCAAGCAGAAUUUCACAAUCAGGGGAAUGGAAAGAUAUUGGGAAAUGUUAACACUGGAUAGUAUAGCUCCUGGAUAAAACAUGGUUAGCAAUGAUCAAUAACAUCUUAAAUGAUAUUAGUAUCCAUUAACUGGAGCUCAUUGGGAAGGUUUAAUGAGAGAGGAACAGUAAUUGUGCAUCUAAUCUGUUUUUGAGAUCCCUGGUGUCACUGCCUUCCUCUGCACAACCAGCCCACAAACAGCUUCUACUCUGGCUAUACACAGUAUUUGUUUGACAAUUCAACAAUCAAUCAGCCAUCUAUUCUCACCAGAGCAAUCUGAAAGAGCAACACAAUUGGGUAUACUUAGGUUGAGUUGGUAAGAGAAUCUUCGCAAGAUCAUCAAGUUGUUACUUAACCAUGUUGGCACUUUAAAAAAAAAAAAAAGAAA